GCAGACGUUAGAGGUUGAAGCUCUCUAGAUCAUUGGUAUUAGCCUCACCUCCUCUCGUUGUUCUUUCUGCCGCACUUCACCAAAACAACUGACAGAAAUGGCUCUACACGUUCCGAAACCUCUCGGCGUAUCGUCUAUGCUCAAAGAUGGAGCUCGGCUCUUCUCCGGGCUGGAUGAAGCAGUGUUCCGUAAUAUAUCAGCAUGUAAGGAGUUUAGCACAACACUCAAAACAGCGUAUGGGCCUCAGGGUCGUAACAAGAUGGUGAUCAAUCACUUAGAGAAGCUGUUCGUAACUAAUGAUGCUGCCACAAUUAUCAGAGAGCUUGAGGUUGAACACCCAGCUGCCAAGCUGAUGGUGCUGGCAUCACAGAUGCAAGAACAGGAGAUGGGAGAUGGAACUAACUGGGUGAUCAUCUUCACUGGAACAUUAUUAGAGGCAGCAGAGGAUCUUCUCCGCAUGGGAUUGACCCCAACAGAUGUAGCUGACGGGUAUCAGCUGGCCAUGAAUAAAGCACUUGAUGUUCUUCCAAGUCUGCAGUGUUGGGAAGUAACAGACCCCAGGGAUUUAACUCAGGUGACCAAAGCUCUUCGCACAGCUAUUAUGAGCAAACAGUAUGGCAAUGAAGAAUUUUUGGCUAAGCUGGUUUCUCAGGCUUGUGUUUCUAUUCUUCCUGAGAAGACCACUUUCAAUGUUGAUAAUGUGCGUGUCUGUAAAAUUCUUGGUUCUGGUAUUCACAAUUCUGAGGUGAUACAGGGAAUGGUAUUCAGACGGACAGCAGAAGGCACAGUGACAUCCAAAGAGAAAGCAAAAGUGGCUGUAUAUUCUUGUCCAUUUGACAUCACUACAACAGAAACAAAGGGCACAGUUCUCAUUACAAAUGCUGGUGAAUUGGCCAACUUUUCACGCGGCGAAGAGAAUAGAAUGGAAGAUGAUGUAAAAGCAUUAGCAGAUGCUGGUGUGACUGUAGUUGUUGCUGGAGGAAAGAUUGGAGAUCUAGCCCAACAUUACUUGAACAAAUACAAUAUCAUGGCUGUCAGAAUCACAAGCAAAUGGGAUCUGAGACGCCUUUGCAAAACUGUUGGUGCUACUAUUCUUCCAAAGAUGACUUGCCCGACACCGGAAGAAAUUGGUCUCUGUGAUCGAGUCUUUAUUGAUGAAGUGGGUGACACCCCUGUCACUAUAUUCAGGCAAGAAGGGUCUGAAUCACGAAUUGCAACUGUUGUGAUCCGAGGCUCUACUGAAAAUUACAUGGAUGAUAUUGAGCGAGCAGUGGAUGAUGCUGUGAACACUUUCAAGGGACUGUGCAGGGAUGGAAGGUGUAUUGCAGGUGCAGGAGGCAGUGAAGUAGAGCUUAGUCGAAUAAUUGAGCAGUAUGGUUCUCAGUGCCCUGGUCUUGAACAAUAUGCUAUAAAGAAGUUUGCUGAAGCUCUCAGAGUGUUCCCUAAAGUUUUGGCUGAUAACUGUGGUGCUCCUGAUCAAGAGGCUUUAUCAAACUUAUUGGCAGCACACACAGAGGGCAAAACAAACGCUGGUUUUGAUUGUGAGGGUGAAGGCGCAGCUGUGUUAGAUGCAUGCGAGAAGGAAAUAUUUGAUCUCUACCUGACUAAGUACUGGGCUCUGAAAUAUGCUGCCUCAUCAGCAAUUGAGAUUCUUAAAGUAGACCAGAUCAUAAUGGCGAAGAGAGCUGGUGGUCCAAAGGCCCGAGGAAUGGGACCUCAAGAUCCUGAUGAUGAUUAAGUGUUGUGAUGCAUUGUAUAAUGUCAUUGUUUGGCCUUAGCUAUUAACUUUUGCCAUUCACUAGCUUUCGUCGGAACUAGAUUUCAUAACUAACUACCUGAAGAAGUGGUUUCUGAAUGGAUGACUUGGGGAAAACCACCCAUCAGCAUUCAACUAUGUAACAUUAAACUUGCACGCUUUUUAUAUUAAUAGAUCAUCUGAAGAAA